GAAGAAGCGGAAACAGUAGUAGAAGAAGAAUUGUGUCAUGCGCAGAGAGGAUUCGGUGAUGUUACAUGUGAAGGUUAAUGUCAGCUGAAGUGGUUAACUUAAACUUUUGUGUCACUUAACCGUUGACUCAGCGGUUCAACCGGCUGCCAGAGAGCUCCGUUACCCGGUCGUUCCCCCCAUCACCGGCUACAGGCUCAGUCAUGGCUGGUUUGUCCAACUAUGCCCUCCGCAUGGCCAGACUGAGCUCACGCAUCUUUGGAGAUGUUGUGCGACCAACGGACUCCAAAUCGAUGAAGGUGGUCCAGCUUUUUCAGGAGCCUCCCAUGGCCAAGAAGAAGGAGGUGUAUGACUGGUACCCACAGCACAACAUUUACUACGCCAUGACCCAGAAGCUCCGGUUCAUGGGCCUGUUCAGAGACGAGCAUGAAGACUUCAAGGAAGAGAUGCGACGCCUGAGGAAGCUGAGAGGAAAAGGGACGCCAAAGAAAGGAGAAGGGAAGAGGGCGGGCAAGAAGAAAUGAAGCGCAGCAUUUCUCCACCUCCAGCGCUACACAGGGCUGGAGGUUCCUGCCCUGCUGUGGAGGCAGACUGGGUUGGACUGCACACUGUGGAUGGACAUGAACUGAAACUCAGCUUUUGUCUGGAUUUUAUCUACGUCCGCUUGGAGAAUGCUUUAGAUCAGCUCCACGCAUCCUGUUACUGUCCUUACAACGUUUCAUCAUUAAACAUUAGAUUUAAAUC